GGUGUUUGAACAGGAAGGCGGACAUAUUGGCGAGACUGUUGGAGAAAAUCGGGCAUCGUCUGCGAUUGUUUUCUGAAAAGUAACACACAUCAAACCCGAUCUGUCUGUAUUCCAUCUGAGGGAUAAAGCAGUUCGGACGGGGAGGCAAUCGAGGCUCAGUGACAGCGCACGCAACGCAGCGGAUGGACUGCCUUUGAACGUUGUAACGACUCCGUCUUUACACUCAUCGAAAUUUGGAAGAAGCAGAAGUUUUUUUUCCCACCACUUCUACUUUUGAGCUGUCAGAUUGGUUUGUCAUUUUCUGCAGGGGCCUGGCAUAGAUAUGGGAACGGCACAGAACUAGCUUUCCAACAAAUUGUGCUUUUUUCAGAGAGACGGUGCAUUCACGUUUUAACUGCCUUUUGUUUGGAUGCACCAACAUUUUAAGCCCUUAUCCUCAGCGGCAUCCCACGGAGGCUGACUAAUCUGUCGCCGCAUUUAUCUUUGCCACUAAAGUUGUUUGCCACUCGUACCGGGGACACAUACUUCAAAUCCGAAAAUGUGGCUUUUGCAUGUUCAGUGCAACCUUAAAGCGUGUGGAAGCUCCAGGAGAACGAUGUGUUUUCUUUGAAGUGCGGCGGAAAGUUCAGAAGAAGAAAGGGACAUUUGGCUAGCUAGCUAGCUAUCGCUAGCUGCUAAAGCUAGCUAGCCACUCGCCAUUGGGCUGUUUUUGUUCAUAACUCAACGUCGGGAAUGAGUUUUGCAGCAAAAAUGUCUGCUGGGGAUACCAUGGAGGCUCGAUUUGAAAAGAUCGAUGCCAUGUUGAAAGACCCAAAGUCAGAAAUAAACACGGAUUGUCUGUUGGAUGGCUUGGAUGCACUGGUAUAUGACCUUGACUUCCCCGCCCUGAGGAAAAACAAGAGCAUUGACAACUUUUUGAAUAGAUACAAAGAGACGAUAAGUAAAAUUCGUGAUCUGCGAAUGAAAGCGGUGGACUAUGAGGUGGUUAAAGUUAUUGGGAGGGGUGCAUUUGGAGAGGUGCAGUUGGUAAGACAUAAAGCGACAAGCAAAGUAUAUGCCAUGAAGCUGCUGAGUAAGUUUGAGAUGAUCAAGAGGUCAGACUCUGCUUUCUUCUGGGAGGAGAGGGACAUCAUGGCCUUUGCCAAUAGUUCAUGGGUCGUUCAGCUCUUUUUUGCAUUCCAAGAUGACCGCUACCUCUACAUGGUGAUGGAGUACAUGCCUGGUGGUGAUUUGGUAAACUUGAUGAGCAACUAUGACGUCCCAGAGAAGUGGGCUCGCUUUUACACAGCCGAGGUAGUCCUGGCCCUGGAUGGAAUCCACUCUAUGGGCUUCAUUCACAGAGAUGUCAAGCCUGAUAACAUGUUGCUUGACAAAGCAGGCCACUUAAAGCUCGCAGACUUUGGGACCUGCAUGAAAAUGAACAAGGACGGUAUGGUACGAUGUGACACAGCAGUGGGAACUCCAGACUACAUUUCACCUGAGGUACUGAAAUCCCAAGGAGGAGAUGGCUAUUAUGGCAGAGAGUGCGACUGGUGGUCAGUGGGAGUGUUUCUGUACGAAAUGUUAGUUGGCGACACUCCUUUCUAUGCAGACUCACUAGUGGGGACCUAUAGCAAAAUUAUGAACCACAAGAAUGCGCUGACCUUCCCUGAUGACAGCGACAUAUCCAAUGACGCCAAGAAUCUGAUCUGUGCUUUCCUGACCGACAGGGAAGUUCGACUUGGCCGUAAUGGUGUAGAUGAAAUCAAGAGGCAUCCCUUCUUCAAGAAUGACCAGUGGACGUGGGAGAACAUCAGAGAGACGGCUGCCCCUGUAGUCCCCGAACUUAGCAGUGACACCGACACCAGUAACUUUGAUGACAUCGAGGAGGAUCGGGGAGAGGAGGAGACCUUUCCCAUACCAAAGGCCUUUGUGGGCAACCAGCUCCCGUUUGUAGGCUUCACCUAUUACAGUAAUCAACACCUUUUGCGAAGGUCUGCUGACACGAAGAGCAGUGACAAGCGUAGCAGUUCCACAAAAGAAGAUAAGAGUCAUUUGGAGAACCUGCAAAAACGAAUCUACCAGCUAGAGGAGCAGCUGCACAGUGAAAUGCAGUUGAAAGAUGAGUUGGAGCAGAAAUGCAGGACAUCAAACAACAAGAUUGAAAAGAUUAUGAAAGAGCUGGAUGAAGAGGCAAACCUGAGGAAGAGCGCCGAAGCCAGCUUGUCUCUGCUGGAGAAGGACAAGCUUAUGCAGCAGCACAGAUUCACAGAGUACCAAAGAAAAGCCGACCAGGAGUCAGAGAAGAGACGGAAUUUGGAAAACGAAGUGUCAAAUUUGAAGGAGCAGUUGGAAGAUAUGAAGAAAAUCAGUCAGAACUCGCAAGCCUCAAAUGACAAGAUUGCCCAGCUUCAGAAUCAGCUGGAAGAGGCCAACGACUUGCUGCGUGCAGAGUCAGACACGGCGGGGAGGCUAAGGAAGAGCCACACAGAGAUGACCAAGUCAAUGGCACAUUUGGAGAAUUUGAACCGUGAGCUGCAGGAGAGGAGCCGGGCAGUAGAAGGAGAGAAGGCGCAGCUGGAGAAGGAGCUCCUGCUUCUACAGAGCACCCUGGACUCUGAACGGAGGAACUACAGUCAGGACUCAGAGGAGAUCAGGGAGCUGCAAGCGAGAUUGUCGGGGUUGCAAGAGGAUAACAAAAACUUGAAGCUUAGUCUGUCCAAGAUGGAGGCGGAACGCAAACAGGCCCAGGAAAGAAGCAAUAAUUUGGAGAAGGAAAAGAACAAUUUGGAGAUAGACCUGAAUUACAAACUGAAGACCUUGCAGCAGCGUCUGGAGCAAGAACAGACGGAGCACAGGGUGACGCGGGCACAGCUCACUGACAAAUACGAGUCUAUCGAAGAAGCCAAAUCAGCUGCCAUGUCUGCUGUUCAGCAGAAGAUGUCAGAGGAGACGGGAGCAAGGAUGAGGGCAGAGAGCCGGGUGGUGGAGGUUGAGAAGCAGUGCUCAAUGUUGGAGUUUGACCUUAAGCAGUCUGUGCAGAAAAUGGAGCAGCUGAUGAAGCAAAAGGAACGGCUGGAGGAUGAGGUGAAGAAUCUGCAGAUUCAGGUAGAGCAGGAGUCAAGCAAACGCAUCCAGAUUCAGAACGACCUGAAGACCCGCAUGCAGGAGAUGGACCGUCUUAGGUGUUCAGAGAAACAGCUCAAACAAGAGAUCAACACAUCACUGGAAAGUAAACGCUCACUGGAGUUUCAGCUGGCACAGCUGUCCAAACAGUACAGAGGCAACGAGGGACAGAUGAGGGAACUUCAGGACCAGCUUGAGGCUGAACAGUAUUUUUCUACGCUUUACAAAACUCAGGUCAAAGAACUAAAAGAGGAGAUUGAGGAAAGGAACCGGCAGAUACAGGAGGCUAAUAAGAAGGUGCAGGAUUUGUGCAACGAAAGGGAUUCCUUGUCUGCACAGCUGGAUCUGACAGUGACCAAAGCCGAGUCAGAACAGCUUGCUCGGGCGCUUCAGGAGGAGCAGUAUUUCGAGCUCAGCCAAGAGAACAAGAAAGCAGUGACGAGGCAUAAGCAGGAGAUUGGUGAGAAAGAGGCUACUAUUGCACGGCUUGAGGAAUCCUAUAAAACUCUGACCAAAGAUGUGGAGAACCUCAGCAGAGAGAAGACGGAGUUAAGUGAGAAGCUUCGUAUUCAGGAUGAAGAAUAUGUAGCUCAGAAGGAAGAAAUUGAAAAAUCAAUCAAGGCCAACUACGAGAAGAUCCUCUACACAGAGCGCACACUGAAGACUCAGGCGGUGAACAAACUGGCAGAGAUCAUGAAUCGUAAAGACAUGAAGCUGGACCAGAAGAAGAAGGGUAGCACAGCUGACCUGCGGAAAAAGGAGAAGGAAAACCGCAAGCUUCAGCUGGAGCUUAAUCAGGAGAAGGAAAAGUUUAACCACAUGGCCAUCAAAUACCAGAAGGAGCUGAGCGAGAUGCAGGCGCAAUUGGCAGAGGAAAGCACGUAUCGCAACGAGUUGCAGAUGCAGCUGGACAGCAAGGAGAGCGACAUCGAGCAGCUUCGGGAGAAACUGAACGACCUGCAGCAGCGCAUGGAUAGCUCCAGCGUCACCAGCCUGCAGACAGACGAGACGGACAGUAAUAUCGCAGAGUCCAGAUUGGAGGGUUGGCUGUCUAUUCCUAAUCGUGCUAACAUCAAAAGAUACGGAUGGAAGAAGCAGUAUGUGGUGGUGAGUAGUAAGAAGAUUCUGUUCUACAAUGACGAGCAGGAUAAGGAGCAGUCCAACCCCUCGAUGGUACUGGAUAUCGACAAACUGUUUCAUGUGAGGCCAGUCACGCAAGGAGAUGUGUACCGAGCUGAGACUGAGGAGAUUCCAAGGAUUUUCCAGAUUUUGUAUGCUAAUGAGGGAGAGUGCAGGAAGGAGGCGGAUCUAGAGACAGUCCCUCAGGGCGACAAGACCAACUGUCUCCCACACAAAGGCCACGAGUUCAUCCCCACGUUAUAUCACUUCCCUUCAAACUGCGAGGCCUGUGCCAAGCCUCUGUGGCACGUCUUCAAGCCGCCUCCGGCCCUGGAGUGUCGCCGCUGCCACGUGAAGUGCCACAAGGACCACCUCGACAAAAAGGAGGAUGUUAUUGCUCCUUGCAAAGUAAACUACGACGUGACCUCUGCCCGGGACAUGCUGCUGCUGGCUCUGACCCAAGACGAGCAGAAGAAAUGGAUCGGCCACCUCGGAAAGAAGAUUCCCAAGACCCCGCCGUCGACAUUCACAAGAGCCUCGCCGCGGUCCAUGUCCACUCGCUCUGGACCCAACCAAUCCUUCCGCAAGAACCCUAAAAGCAAUACGGGAAAGCUGAGCUAACCAUCUGAACCGUUGGGAUUUUUCUCUGGACUCUAAACUUUCCCUUCCUUCCUCAUCCUCAAAAAUGGAAAGAAACUGUAUUGCAUAGAUAAUUCAUUAAAAAACAAAAAAACAAAACUAAAAAAAAUAUGUAUAUUGACAAAUAACCAACGCUGGAGAAAUUGCAACACACUUCAGACACAAGGCAUCGUGGACAUUAAAAAAGCCUGAUACAAGGGGAGGGAGUCACUUGACCAACUCAGCAAACUUGCAGCUCUACGUUUUCACCAGAAGAUGGCGCACACGUCUUGAUCUAAAGAUGGACAACAGAGGGAGAGAGGGACUCCUGUUAUGUAGACAUCCUGUGCUUCAUAUCAUGUGAGAGUUGGAAAGGAAACUGGAAGGUAAAAGGGGGUUUUGCUGGGACUGCUGCAUGUAUGUGUUCAGUUUAAGGUACUGUCAUACAGGGAUUGCAGAUCUGCGGCGAAAGGUUGUGUCUCAGGGGCGGAAAAUUGAUAUCUAUUUAGUAAUUUCUUUCCCCCACCUGUCGGAUAACGUGGGCUUUAAUGCAAGUAUGCUUUUGUUUUGUUUUGGUUUUGUUGUUGUUGUUGUUUUUUUUAAAUGACUGAUGCCUUCAUCUAACGUCUCUGGCCUUUUUGCCUUUAUUCUUAUCACUCUGCAAGUCAGUUAUAUCAGGUUUGGGACAACGUAUUGGGACAUGAGUAUUAGAUGUUUUGAGUAUUGAGUGAGGAGCAUGCAAGAUCAUCAUUUAAAUCUAUGCAUUGUUUUUAUUAUAAUUAUUUUUAUUGCUCCAAGCCAUAAGGAAAAUUCCAUUGUAAUGGCAUAUAGGAGUCCUAAAACCUUUUUUGUUUAUUUGGUACAUUGUCUGUAAUAUUUUCUUUGUGUAUUCCGUGUAUUUUUUCUUUGUAAUGUAUUGCCUUACAUUGAUUCAUAGAUAAGUGGUUCAAAAGGAAAACAUUAAGUUAACAAAUGUAAAACUGCACUGUUUGACUUGACUGUAAAUUAUUUGUAGAAGACUAAACAGGUGUAGCAUUUGGCCCACCUAGUGCCUUACCGGUUGGAUAUUGAUUUUACUGCCAUAUGUUUUUCUUUGCUUUUUUUUUUUGCUUUUUUUUUUUGUUGAAACAAGACAAAUCUGAAUUCUUCCAUCAUUUAUUUUUUAAGAAUUUGCCACACAUGUGGUUUUAUCAGAACUUGCUUUGUCUGGUUUGAAUAUAUAUAAAAAAAAUUAUAUAUAUAUAUAUAUAUAUAUAUAAAUAUAUUAGAUUACCUCUUUAUGAACACAUAGCAAUAGAGUUUGUGUAAAAACAAAGUCCCCGUUCUUGGUUCAUAUCAUAAAUUUGAGGAGGAUGUAUCUAAAAACAAGCCCGUGUCAAUGAUUGUCCUCGAUUGCAAGUCAUUUUCUCUAACAUGGUAAUGUCCCGCUAAUGCAAACACCCCCGCAGUGUAUAAUAUGAGAGAGACAUAAGGAUUAUGGAAUACCUCCACAGUCUUUUUAUGUGUAACGUUUUGUUCAGUUAAAAAAAAAAAAAGCACUGGAACUAUGAUCUACUCGUGUCUUGGAUAAUUUGCAUGGUUAAAUUGCAUUGGAAUCCGCACUGAUGGAUAUGUGAAUAAACAUAUCUCUGUCAUUCA